GUUUCUGGCUGCACGUUAACUCCAACGUACGGGUCACAGAUGAGCAAAGUGUUGAACUAGCAGCGUCUGGCAGUGUCCGCAGGCUCGGCAAACAUGACCGGAAAUGGAAUGAUCUUUCUUCUCCUUGGCCUUCUCGGCGUCAUUUUUAUCUCAUCGGCGGACGGCGGUUCCGGAGAAAAGCUUCUCUCGAGGAGAAAGCGCUACGUAGUUUUUCCCGAGGGAUCAAGUUUUUCCAUCGCUCUCUGCAUGACCGUCCACACUAUCACCUCAGACAAUAUUUUCACCGAAGGCCUCAAUUGGGGUGUCUCAUACGAUUUGCCGAACGAAAGCAAGCCCGCCCUCGAGCCAUUUCUCGACUUCAGAAAGGACAAGUUAGUCCCCGGAAAGUUCGCCUACAAGGAUCCGAAGAACGGAUAUGCGAACGACCUGAAGUACGCGAGCUGGAACGAUGACAGGAAGUACUACGUAUCAAGUCCUAAGAGGUACUUCAAGUCGGACAAGUAUUACGUGCACAGAAGACACAGGAGGGAUCUCUACAACAAGUUGGAAGUGAUAAUGAACGCGAUGGGAUUCGAUGGAAGAACUUGCGUGCUAAGGGCACUGUGCGAGGCGUCGCAGCGAUUGAUGCCCAAAGGGAACACCUUGAUCGAGGAAAUGAUGAGAAUCACUUUUUCACUGCCCCUGAAGAGGGUCUUCUCGUUUGAACCCCCCGAGCAUCACACCUACGACGCGGCGCAUCGCGCCGGCCACCAGGGCCGUGACUGUACGAGAAUGUUCCCUGCCUGCAGCUUCUCUUUGAUUGAUAUGGCCCUCGGAAAUUACAACAGUCCCGAGGCCAGCUACGACCAGAUUUCCAGCGACACCGGAAGUCUCGGAGACCUCGCGAAUUCCAGGACGGAACCGCCGGGCGGAAGGUAUAUCAUGAAGUGAGAUCGAGUGAAGCCAAGAUUGGAC